CUGUUUCCCUCCCUCAGUGAGAGCGUUCUGGUCCGAGCCGCCAUCAUGCUCGACAGUCAAUUGAUGCUUUCCGUCUACAUCCUCACCUUCCUCAUGGGGGUCCCUGCUAACAUCCUGGCAUUCAGCACUUUCUGUCGCAAGGUGUGUCGCAAGGCGACACCGAUCGAUAUCCUCCUCCUCAACCUCACCAUCUCAGACCUUGUUUUUCUGGCCAUCCUGCCGUUUAAAAUGAAGGAGGCCCAUGACAACACGCUCUGGCUGCUGCCGUACCCGCUGUGUCCUCUGACUGGUUUCCUGUUCUACGUCACCAUCUACAACAGCACCCUGCUGCUCACGGCCGUCAGCGUGGAGAGAUACCUGGGGGUCGCCUUCCCCUUCCGCUACUCUCUGUGCCGCCGGCCUCGGUACGCCGUCUGGGCCUGCAUGGCGUUCUGGGUGGUGACUUCUUCCAAUCUCAGCAUCGUCUACAUCCUGCCCUACUUCCAGUGGCGUCAAGGUGCGCACUCUUACAUCUACAACGCUAGCGGUCCUGUCCCGCCUCCACUCACCUGCUACCAUAAUUUCACUGAGUCCGAGCUUAAGAUUCUGCUUCCGGUCCGUCUGGAGCUCUUCCUUGUCCUCUUCUGCAUCCCCUUCUUAAUAACCAGCUUCUGCUACAUCAACUUCAUCCUCAUCCUGUCCCGCCUUCCGAACAUCAGCCGGCGGCGGAGGCUGCGAUGCAUCGGGUUGGCUCUCGGCACGCUGAUCGUUUUCACCGUCUGCUUCGGGCCCUACAACGCCUCCCACGUGGUGGGGUUUGUCAACCAUGAGAGCCAAAGAUGGAGGGACGUGGCGUUGCUCUCCAGCACCCUCAAUGCCUGCCUGGAUCCGUUUAUCUUCUACUUCUCCUCAUCGGCUGUCCGGAGCACGCUGAACUGCUGCUUUAAGAGCAUCACAGCGAAGCUCCACAUCCUGAGAUGUGGAAAGGCUCCUCGCUCUCCUCAGCAAAAACUCCCAAAAACAGAAAAGUGCCAAGAAGAAGCUCCUUCUCACAAGUCCUGA